AUGCGUAUGCUUGCAUAUGGUACGACAGCUAACCUUAAUGAUGAUUACUUGAAGAUAGUAGAGACCACAUCCUUUGAAGCUUGCAAGAGAUUCUAUCAUGCAGUCAACAACUUAUACGGAGCUGAAUAUCUUCAUAAACCAACGAGGGCGAACCUACAAAAACUGCUCCAAAAAGCUGAGGAACAAGGGUUUCCUAGCAUGCUAGGAAGCCUUGACUGCAUGCAUUGGGAGUGGAAAAACUGCCCAAUGUCACACCAUGGGGCACACAUGGGCCACCAUGGUCGUCCAACCAUAAUCCUUUAA